AUGUACGGACUAAUAGUGAUCGGUAUACAAAAUUAUGUUGAAUCAAUUUAUGGUGAAGAUGUAUGGUUUAGAAUAGUUGAAAAAUCUAAUAUAGGUUUAUUAACAUUUCAAACGCAUAAUACCUAUUCUGAUACAGUACCAGAACGUUUAUUUUUAGCAUUUAGUCAUGAAACUGGUGAAAGUAUUGAAAAUGUAACUUAUCAAACUGGUUUAUCAUUUGCUGCAUUUAUAUCUGAUUAUGGUUAUGAAAAUUUAUUACGUGUACAAGGAAGAGAUUUUAUAAGUUUUUUACAUAAUUUAGAUAAUUUACAUGAAUAUUUACGUUUAUCUUAUCCAGAUAUUCAACCACCAUCAUUUUCUAUUAUAAAUGCUACAAAUGAUUGUAUACGUUUAAAAUAUUCAUCAAAACGUAAUGGAUAUAUACAUUAUGUUCGUGGACAAUUAAUUACAUUAGCUAAACGUUUAUAUAAUCUUGAUAUUAAAGUGAUAUUAAUUAGUACGAAAAUUAUUAAUAAUAUUUAUCAAACAAUUUAUGAUAUAUAUGCAUUAAAUGGUAAACGAUGGAUUGAUCCACAAAAUUAUUAUAUACAAAAACCAUUAGAUAGUUGGGGUGAUACAAUAUCUAGUAAUGUAUUUUUUGAUAUAUUCGCUUUUUCAUUAUUAAUAACAAAUCAAAUGAAAAUUAAACGAGCUAGUACAUCAUUUCGUAAAUUAGAUUCAUCUCUUGAAGGUUCAGAUUUUAAUGAAAAAUUCUUAUUAUUUAGACCAUUUAUUAAAUCAAAUAUAGAAGAGGUAAGUUGA